AUAUAUAACAAUAAUAAACCAAAUAAGCACAAAUAACAAAAUGGUAUGUUUUUUGAUAUGAAGACGUUGGAUCAACAUCCUCCUUUAAGCUAAAUCUCUUUCAUCUACAUGAAAAAAGGUUGUGCACAAGGAGUGAUGCCAAUAUGUUCUUUUUGGUUAAGAAUAACCUAAUUCAAUAUAUUCUUUGACACGUACCUGUCAAGGAUUAUGAAUUAAAGUUGGAUUAUUUUUCUAGAAGAUUUUAACAGAUAAACUUUUGUUAAGUCUAAUGAAAGAGAUAUGACAUCUUAAAAGAAUGUGCUAUCACUUCUUGAUGCACAGGCUGAGUAUCUUUAAGAUACUGUAGAGUAAGAAGUUUCAUAAGGAAGUUCGUUGACAUUUAAUUGGAGAACACUUUUGACUAACUUUAACUCAAUGACACAGCCUUCCAAGAAAGUUGCUCCAGCUCCUUUAGCCACUAAGUCUAAAGGUACUUCUACUAGAUCUAACCCUUUAGUUGAUUCUACUCCUAAGAACUUCGGUAUCGGUCAAUCAAUUCAACCUAAAAGAAAUUUAUCAAGAUUUGUUAGAUGGCCGGAAUAUGUUAGAUUACAAAGACAAAAGAAGAUUUUAUCUUUGAGAUUAAAAGUUCCUCCAACCAUUUCUCAAUUCCAACAUACUUUAGAUAAGAAUACUGCUGCUCAAGCUUUUAAAUUAUUUAACAACUACAGACCAGAAACCAGUUCUGAAAAGAAGGAAAGAUUAACUAAAGAAGCCACUGCUAUUGCUGAAGGUAAAUCCGCUAAGGAUGCUUCACCAAAGCCAGUUGUUGUCAAAUACGGUUUAAACCAUGUUGUUUCCUUAAUUGAAAACAAGAAGGCUAAAUUAGUAUUAAUUGCCAAUGAUGUUGACCCAAUUGAAUUAGUCGUAUUUUUACCUGCUUUAUGUAAAAAGUUAGGUGUUCCAUACGCUAUUGUCAAAGGUAAGGCUAGAUUAGGUACUUUAGUUCAUAAGAAAACAGCUGCUGUCGUUGCUUUGACUGAAGUUAACGCUGCUGAUGAGGCUGAAUUAGCUAAAUUGGUUUCUACUAUCAACGCUAACUUUAUUGAAAAGUACGAAGAUAACAGAAGACACUGGGGUGGUGGUAUUAUGGGUGCUAAAGCUCAAGCCAAGGCUAUUAAGAGAGCUAAGGCUGCUGCUGUCCCAACCAAUUAGGAAAACCUUUAAAUCCUUCUCUAUUUGUAUAUUAUUAUUUCGUAAUUUAUUUAAUUAAACGAACAACGUCUUCAUAUUUUAAAUCACUAUUUUGUAAUUAUUACUAGUAUAUAUCAUCAAGUCUUCUAAUAAAG